CUCAUCCCGGCGGCUGUGAGAAGCACUCCGCAGACUGUUCGUUCGACAAUCUCGUUGCACCGAUCCGCUCGAAGAUGGCGCCCAAGUCUACAGUUCUGGCCGCCUGGCUGCUCUCCUCGCUGGCCGCGGCCCAGCAGAUCGGCAAAGCCGUGCCCGAGGUCCACCCCAAACUGACAACGCAGAAGUGCACUCUCCGCGGCGGGUGCAAGCCUGUCCGCACCUCGGUCGUGCUCGACUCGUCCGCGCGCUCGCUGCACAAGGUCGGGGACCCCAACACCAGCUGCAGCGUCGGCGGCGACCUGUGCUCGGACGCGAAGUCGUGCGGCAAGAACUGCGCGCUCGAGGGCGUCGACUACGCGGCCCACGGCGUGGCGACCAAGGGCGACGCCCUCACGCUGCACCAGUGGCUCAAGGGGGCCGACGGCACCUACAGGACCGUCUCGCCGCGCGUAUACCUCCUGGGCGAGGACGGGAAGAACUACGAGGACUUCAAGCUGCUCAACGCCGAGCUCAGCUUCGACGUCGACGUGUCCCAGCUCGUCUGCGGCAUGAACGGCGCCCUGUACUUCUCCGAGAUGGAGAUGGACGGCGGCCGCAGCCCGCUGAACCCGGCGGGCGCCACGUACGGCACGGGCUACUGCGACGCGCAGUGCCCCAAGUUGGACUUUAUCAACGGCGAGCUCAACACCAACCACACGUACGGGGCGUGCUGCAACGAGAUGGACAUCUGGGAGGCCAACGCGCUGGCGCAGGCGCUCACGCCGCACCCGUGCAACGCGACGCGGGUGUACAAGUGCGACACGGCGGACGAGUGCGGGCAGCCGGUGGGCGUGUGCGACGAAUGGGGGUGCUCGUACAACCCGUCCAACUUCGGGGUCAAGGACUACUACGGGCGCAACCUGACGGUGGACACGAACCGCAAGUUCACGGUGACGACGCAGUUCGUGACGUCCAACGGGCGGGCGGACGGCGAGCUGACCGAGAUCCGGCGGCUGUACGUGCAGGACGGCGUGGUGAUCCAGAACCACGCGGUCACGGCGGGCGGGGCGACGUACGACAGCAUCACGGACGGCUUCUGCAACGCGACGGCCACCUGGACGCAGCAGCGGGGCGGGCUCGCGCGCAUGGGCGAGGCCAUCGGCCGCGGCAUGGUGCUCAUCUUCAGCCUGUGGGUUGACAACGGCGGCUUCAUGAACUGGCUCGACAGCGGCAACGCCGGGCCCUGCAACGCCACCGAGGGCGACCCGGCCCUGAUCCUGCAGCAGCACCCGGACGCCAGCGUCACCUUCUCCAACAUCCGAUGGGGCGAGAUCGGCAGCACGUACAAGAGCGAGUGCAGCCACUAGAGUAGAGCUUGUAAUUACCGCCGAGACUGGCAUCUAAUCGUGAAUGCUAUUUCAAAAACAACA